AUCGAUAAAAUAGAUCUUCGUCCGCUUUUGACACGUAAUGUGGAAAAUUUCAUCCCUCUUCCAUGCCAUUUGGCCAGAAAAGACUCCCGAAUCCAUGCGAAUCCGUGCAAAAUUCUGUGAUUUACCACUAGUGUAGAGAACAUGGCCAAGAAGAUACCUUUUAGUGUUAUUUUCGCCACAGAUGAGGACUCUGCCUUCCCGGCCAGCGAACUCAAUGGUCACGGACCGACAGUCCUUGGCUGGCGCUCCAGUGCCAAUUCCAAGAUCCAGCCACAGGAACUCAUCCUGAAGUUCCACCGCCCGGCAAAAGUGUGUCGAAUUCAGGUGCUGGGACAUCAAUUCAUGAUCCCCGAGCGUAUUGAAUUGUGGCUUCACAAUGCACCCAAAGACUCCCCAACGACUCCAUCCAGUCAAAAUUUCGACUACUUGGGCUUCAUUGUCCUGUCGGACAACUCAGCUUCCCAGUACAAAUCCCGGGAGUUGCAGAGCGUCUCCGUCGCCCCACGAAUGGGCUCGCAUCUGAAGCUGCGCAUGGGAACACCAUACGCAAAUGACCUCAAUGACGCCCGCCAAGUGGCUCUAAUCGGCAUCAACGUCCUGGGCAUGGAUUCUGGAGAGGAUGCAGGUCCUUCAGGAGCUCCAGAAUCCAUUACUUCCAUCUGUGACUGUCUCUCCUUCUCCAUGUACGUCGAGGAGACCAUCUGUGAGGUGGUGAAAGAGUUGGAAGCCAAGAAGUCUAGAGCCGUUGUGGAGGAGCGCUUUGAGUACGCUCGAAAGUUGAAACUCUGCAUGGGAGCCUUGAGGAGUGCUGGUGAGCGUCUGGGACGCUAUGCACUGGCCAAGAGACAAGCCGUUGCCCAGGAAGACUUUUCCACGGCUCGACUGCGAAAGGAGCAAAUCGAGCUGUACCGGAAUUCCGUCUUCAGCCAGCUGGAAGUUUGCAAACUCCUUGAAAAGAGCGGUCCAGUGACUGAGAAUGAUCUCGUCUCUCCAGUCUACAUCUCGAAGCCAGUCCUUCCAUCGCCGCCGAGUCUCCAGGAAGUGGCGCAUCUGCUGCUGAACGAUCCCAAGGAGCAGCACAGUCCGAAGCCACCGAGUCAGAAGAGCGAGAAGCAGGAUGAGCCCUACUUUUCGCCUCAGCUCAGCAAGAUUGGACGCAGCCCCAGCCGAAAUUCACCCACAAACACAGGUUCACUGCGUCGCAGGAACAAGAGCGCCCCACGGAACAGCUAUGAGGAUUACGAGGAGCGAACUCUACCCACGCUGAGGACUUCACAAACUAAUGAAUUUUUAAGGGAAUGCCAAUCCACGCUGGAAGUGGAGGCGAACAGUCGAGGCAGGUUCAAGGUGAUGAAUGAUCGCGAGAGACGCCAAGCGGCCCUUCCGCUCCUCGUCUUUGGCACUGAAUUGGUGAGUGUCUUCAGCAAGAAUCCCUUGAAAAAUGCACAUGAAAGUAAAUCUUCGCAGGUGGAGAUGUUCUACUCGAAGCAGUUCCAGGAUCGCGAAGAGGGUCUCGUGCGUCUGCGGAACAUCCUGAAGAAUCCCACUGUGAUUGAGGGCUCCAUCGGACCCAACAAAGUGGCCAGGAGCUCAACUUUGCUCCUCUAUCGCGCCGUGCGCGAUGCCGUGUUCUCAGUCUUCAGUCAGGCAGCGGAAACGGUGAGAGCUCUCUUUGUGGACUUCAUCCCACAGCGAAUCUCCGCCAAUGAAGUCUCCCGAUGCGUGGAUCGACUGUUGCCUGAGCUGCUGGCCAAGAGCGGGGAUCCAUCGCCUCGAAUCCACACCCUGGCACAGCACACCAUCCUCAGUAUUGCCUCCUGCACCGAAGUGCGCCAGCAGAAUCUCGUGGCUCCGGCCCUGUCGCGUCCUGUGGGCUCCGGCACGCAUCCUCGCCUCGCUCUCAGUCGCAUCCAGAUGCUGGAGCAGUUGGUGCUGAGCCAGGGCAUCAGCACGGACAAGCAGAGCGGCCUCACGUGCCGCUCGCUGACCGAGUGCGGCUGCUCAGGCAUACACCAUCCCUCGGAACCAGUGCGCAAGGUGGCCGAGCGCGUGCUCCUGCAGGUCUAUCGCAUCAAUCCGCGCCUCAUCCGGAAGCAACUGCCUCCGGACGAUGAUAUCACGCGCCGCAAUCUUCUCUAUCGGCAACUCUUCACCGAGUUCGAUAAGAUCGACAAGGCGCGCCGCAGCGAGAUGUUGGAGCCAAUGCGAGACGACCAGGUGGAUGAGGAGGAAGGAGCUGCCUUCGGCGACGCGUGGGACGUGGAGGAGCUGAAGGUGUCUUUGCCAAGCAUGGCAAAUGGGGAGAAGAAUGGAUGCAAGCAGACUGUGCAAUGUUCCUUCUGUGAUUGGGUCUGUGAGAAAGACAGCGGGCAACUGGACAAGCACUACUGGAAGUCCUGUCCGCUACUCAUGAAGUGUCCGCAGUGCCAGUGCGUCCUGGAAGUGUCCGCCUAUUCGCAUCACCUAACAAACGAGUGCGAGGCGAAGGAGAGCUACGUGAUUUGCAAGAGAUGCUCGGAGGCCGUCCACAUGGAACUCUUCCAGCUGCAUCUCCUCGAGGAGUACUGCCGCGAAGUGCCGCCCAGUAGCGUGCGAUGCCCUCUUUGCCACGAGAACAUCCCGGAGAAUGGCUGGAAGGAGCACUUCCUCGACCAGGCGCUCUUCUGUCGCGGCAACAGCCGCCGACAUGGUGGCAAGAAGUAGACUUUUUGA